AGGCGGAGAGCCGCGGGUGGAGCGGGAGGCCGCGGGCGUCGCGGGUUCUUGCAGUGCACCUGAGAGCCGACGCCCUGGUCCGCGAAGCUACCCCAUCCGCGGUCCCCGCCGCCAUGAGCCGCUUCAAGGUGUCCAAGUUCCGGCACACGGAGGCCCGGCCGUCCCGCCGAGAGGCCUGGAUCAGUGGCAUUCGAGCAGGAACCAACCCCUCAUGUGGGAACCAUAUAAAAUGCAGCUGCAGCUUGAUUGCCUUCAACUCUGACCGUCCAGGUAUGCUGGGCAUCGUGCCUCUGGAAGGCCAGGGAGACGACAAGAGACACGUGACCUACUUGGGGUGCCAUUCAGACCUGGUCACAGACUUGGACUUCUCUCCCUUUGACGACUUCCUCCUGGCUACGGGCUCAGCUGAUAGGACGGUGAAACUAUGGCGACUGCCAGGCCCUGGCCAAGAGCUGCCCUCGGGGCCCGGGCUGGUACUGGGCCCCGAGGACACCCAGGUGGAGGUAUUACAGUUCCAUCCCACCGUGGACGGUGUCCUGGUGAGCGUGGCAGGCACAGGCGUGAAGGUCUGGGAUGCGGCCAAGCAGCAGCCCCUCACAGAGCUGGCAGCCCACGGGGACCUGGUGCAGGGUGCUGUCUGGAGCCGGGAUGGAGCCCUUGUGGGCACAACAUGCAAGGACAAGCAGUUGCGGAUCUUCGACCCCAGAGCAAAGCCCAAGGCCUCCCAGAGCAUACAGGCCCACGAGAACAGCAAGGAUGGCCGGCUGGCAUGGACAGGCACCCAGGAGCAUCUUGUGUCCACUGGAUUCAACCAGAUGCGUGAGCGUGAAGUGAAGCUAUGGGACACCCGGCACUUCUCCAGCGCCCUCACCUCCCUCACCCUGGAUACCUCGCCUGGGUCUCUAAUGCCCCUGCUGGACCCAGACUCCAGGCUCCUGGUCCUGGCGGGAAAGGGCGAGAGUCAGCUGUACUGCUAUGAGGUGGUCCCCCAGCAGCAAGCACUGAGCCCAGUGACCCAGUGCCUCCUGGAGAGUGUGCUGCGGGGGUCCGCCCUUGUGCCCCGGAGGGCGCUGGCUGUCAUGGGCUGCGAGGUGUUCCGAGUCCUUCAGCUGAGUGACACAGCCAUUGUGCCCAUCAGCUUUCAUGUACCACGAAAGGCUGUGGAAUUCCACGAGGACCUGUUCCCGGACACUGCAGGCUGUGUGCCUGCGUCUGAACCCCAUGCCUGGUGGGCUGGGAGUAACCAGCAGGUGCAGAGGGUCAGCCUCAACCCAGCCUAUUGGCCCCACCCCAGCUUCACUUCUUGCCUGGUGCCCCCUGCAGAGCCCUCCUCUGACUCAGCCCAGCCUGUGGAGCCACCCGUGGUUGACGAGGACCCCAGUGAGGGCUUCUCCUCCCCUCCCAGCUCGCUGAUCUCACCCUCCACACCCUCCAGCCUGGGGCCCUCGCUCUCCAGCACCAGCGGCAUCGGCACCAGCCCCAGCCAGAGGUCACUGCAGAGUCUGCUGGGCCCCAGUUCCAAGUUCCGUCAUGCUCAGGGCACCGUCCUACACCGAGACAGUCACAUCACCAACCUCAAGGGGCUCAGCCUCACCACGCCUGGUGAGAGUGACGGCUUCUGUGCCAACCGGCUGCGUGUGGCUGUGCCCCUGCUCAGCAGUGGUGGGCAGGUGGCUGUGCUUGAGCUGCAGAAGCCUGGCCGCCUGCCUGACACAGUGCUGCCAACACUGCAGAAUGGGACAGCCGUGACCGACCUUGCCUGGGACCCCUUUGACCCUCACCGCCUUGCUGUGGGCUGUGAGGACGCCAGGAUCCGACUGUGGCGGGUGCCUCCAGAGGGCCUGGAAGAGGUGCUUACCACACCCGAGGCUAUUCUCACAGGCCACACCGAGAAGAUCUACUCUCUGCGCUUUCACCCGCUGGCAGCUGAUCUGCUAGCCUCUUCUUCCUACGACCUUACCAUUCGGAUCUGGGACCUUCAGGCUGGAGUUGAGCGGCUGAGGCUGCAGGGCCACCGAGACCAGAUUUUUGGCCUGGCCUGGAGUCCCAAUGGGCAGCAGUUGGCCACUGUCUGCAAGGAUGGACACUUGAGGGUCUAUGAGCCCAGGAGUAGCCCUGAGCCCCUUCAGGAAGGCCCAGGGCCCGAAGGAGCCCGUGGGGCCCGCAUUGUCUGGGUGUGUGAUGGUUACUGUCUGCUGGUUUCUGGCUUUGACAGCCGAAGUGAACGCCAACUACUUCUGUACUUGGCCAACACCCUGGCCAGUGGCCCCUUGGCAGUGCUGGGGCUGGACGUGGCUCCUUCUACCCUGCUGCCCAGCUACGACCCAGACACCGGCCUGGUGCUACUGACGGGCAAGGGUGACACCCGUGUGUUCCUGUAUGAGCUGCUCCCUGAGGCCCCUUUCUUCCUGGAGUGCAACAGCUUCACAUCGCCGGACCCCCACAAGGGCUUCAUCCUCUUGCCCAAGACGGAGUGUGAUGUGCUUGAAGUGGAGUUUGCCCGAUGCCUACGGCUUCGCCAGACCUCUCUGGAGCCUGUCGCCUUCCGGCUGCCCCGAGUCAGGAAAGAAUUCUUCCAGGAUGAUGUGUUUCCAGACACAGUUGUGAGCUGGGAGCCAGCGCUCAGUGCCAAGGCCUGGCUGGGUGGCGCUAAUGGGCAGCUCCGGCUUCUCAGCCUGCAGCCCCCUGGCAUGACCCCAGUGAGCCAGGCCCCCCGUGAAGCCCCUGCCCGGCGGGCCCCAUCCUCAGCGCUCUACCUGGAAGAGAAGUCAGACCAGCAAAAGAAGGAAGAGCUGCUGAAUGCCAUGGUGGCAAAGCUGGGGAACCGGGAAGACCCACUCCCCCAGGACUCCUUCGAGGGUGUGGACGAGGACGAGUGGGACUAGCCCACCCACUAGCCACCUCUGGCCUCACCUGCUGCUGCCACCUCCCAGAACCACCUGGUGCCCCUGCACAUCUCAUAUCUUACCCUCAAACUGGAAAGCACUUGGCCCUGGCACACCUCAUCCCAGAAGCCCUGGCUCCCUUUGGGCCUCGGGCAUUUCCAUGCCUAAGGGCACUUCCAUGACACUUGUGGAUUUUCUGCACUUCUACUUUCUCUGGGACCACCUGCUUCUCCUCAGCUGUCUGCUAGCAUGUGGAGCCAGGGGCAUGGGGGUGGGAUGAGGGUGGGAGAUCAUUAGCAUGUUCCUGGGCAGGCCCUGGGCUCCCUAAGCUGACCUGGGCUGGUCCCAACCUGGGCUGCCUUUGCAUUACAUACAACCUCAUCUUGUCUGCUGACUCAAAGGCCUUGGGGGCUGGCCCUCUCCCAGGCCAUUUGUAGCAGGACCAGCCUCAGGAGUCUGGGACCAGUCACCCUGCUCCACAGGCCUGAAGCCAGGAGAAGGUGGCAUCACAAGCUGAUGGUCCGAUUAGCGGGGUGUGAGCCUUGCAGGGGACUGGCCUGCACAUGCCUGGAAUAUUUUCAGCAAUUAAACUUUUCUAAACUGGCUACCUCUUGUGCUGCUGUGGUCUCUAGAGUGGCUG